UUUGGUACCCUGGUUUUGAUGCCAGAUUUCCAAACCAAAAUCAGACUAGGUAUGUACAUACCAAAAAAAUAUUAUUACUGCUUGCACCUUUAUAUUUUGAAUUAAAUUUUAAGAGGCCAAGUUAAUUUGAAUAAUUUAAUUUACUGAGUCAAAAAAGUAUUCUCUCAUUUUUUAAGUUUACCUAAAUCAAUGAAGCUUAAUUUUACCUAUCAAUUAAAGUUCCUAAAAUUAAGUUUUAAUUAAAGAAUUAAAAUUAAUUUGGUAUAUUUAAUGUUUAGUUUAUAUUGAUAUUUCUAGGGGAUUUAGAUUAAAUGCAAGUUGAAAAUUCUCAUACAAUUUUAUAAUUAAUAAAUCAGGCGGUGCUGGCAAAACUACGUUGAUUAUUUUAGAUGUCAAGAAAAAUUUGGAGAGGACUAUGAGGGCUGUGAAUAUUUCAAGAAGACUUAUGAAUUGUUGUGUCCUGGCUUUUGGGUAAGUUCCAUCAUUUCAGUGAUAUGAUACACUUUAUGGACUAUAAUAUUUUUAAUAUUUGAAAGAGGUACUCAGCAUACCUUUUUCUGAUGACUUGAUAGUGUGUUGAUGCACUGGCAUUUAGUCUGGGUGCUGACAUAUCAACUUUGCAAAAUAAAAUCACUGCUUUGUUCAGUUUGCAGUUAAUGUUUACAUUUUUUAUUUUCUUAAUUAAACACAAAUGCUACUUCCCAUUUCACAGGAACCAAACUGGGAUUCAAAUUCAUGGAAGUGUGUUUUAAUAUAUGUAAAAAUUUUACAAUUUAUAGGAAAUAUAGAAAUUUGUGAAACUGCUGUUGUUCCUCGACUGUGAACAAAACAAUAGUUUAUAUUAAGUGCCAUAAGUUGACCAUACUGAUUCAGCUUUCAUUUCUUCUUACAUCUAUAUCGAAGCUAUCAGUAUUUUUAUUUUUUAAACUUUUCUGUCAAAGUUGUUUAACAUUUUAUAAAAUUCAUGCACCAUAAUUUUAGUAAGUAGGAAAUUCUAGAAAUAUGAAACAAAUACAGGCUAUUCAUUUAGGUGUUACAUUUUUUAACAAAUAUGUCACUUUUGCUAAUUUCAAACAAAAAAUCCUGAAAGUUGCCCUUUAUACUAUUAGUAUUUGAUGUUUUUCAUGCAAUUUUUUCACUGGACACUAUGUAAUGAAAUAGAAAGAAUAAAGAAAAAAAAAACACACUUUUUUAAGUUUAAGAACUCUACAAUUUUAGCAUGCAUUCUGUUUUUUCAUUAAUAUUAUGUCAUUUAUUAAUGAAAAUUGAUAAAAUAUUAGCUACCAAAAAAUACUUCAUAUUCUCGUCAAUUGUUUCUUUUCUACUACUAGAUUGAACGCUGGAAUGAGCAAAGAGAAAAUGGUACUUUUCCUUAUCCAAGGAGGUAA